CACCUCUCCAUCCACACUCACAAUCCCAAACGACAUCUCUCUUCUCUCAUUCCUCAAAAGCCAAAAGCCACAUAAUUAGUCACAGAAGCCAUGGCAAAAGAUGUAGAGGGAGCUGAGCACGGUGAGUUUGCCGCCAAAGACUACCAUGACCCUCCUCCAACCCCCUUGUUUGAUGCUGAGGAGCUCACCAAGUGGUCUUUCUACAGAGCUCUCAUUGCUGAGUUCAUUGCCACCCUCCUCUUCCUUUACAUCACAGUUUUGACCGUCAUUGGCUACAAAUCCCAGAGCGAGGCUGACCAAUGCGGCGGCGUUGGCAUUCUUGGUAUCGCUUGGGCCUUCGGUGGGAUGAUUUUCGUCCUUGUUUACUGCACCGCCGGUAUCUCAGGAGGACACAUUAACCCAGCUGUGACCUUUGGGCUGUUCUUGGCUCGCAAGGUUUCACUGAUCAGGGCAGUGAUGUACAUCAUAGCACAGUGUUUGGGUGCUAUCUGCGGUGUAGGGUUGGUGAAGGCCUUCCAGAAGUCAUACUACGUGAAGUAUGGUGGUGGAGCCAACGAGUUGUCUGCUGGCUACAACAAGGGCACUGGUUUGGGUGCUGAGAUUAUCGGUACCUUUGUUCUUGUCUACACCGUCUUCUCCGCCACUGACCCAAAGAGAAAUGCCAGAGACUCUCACGUCCCUGUCUUGGCCCCACUUCCCAUUGGAUUUGCUGUGUUCAUUGUUCACUUGGCCACUAUUCCCAUCACUGGAACUGGCAUCAACCCUGCUAGGAGUUUAGGAGCUGCUGUCAUCUAUAACAAGGACAAAGCUUGGGAUGACCAAUGGAUCUUCUGGCUUGGACCUUUCAUUGGAGCUGCCAUUGCUGCCUUCUACCACCAAUACAUUCUGAGAGCAGGAGCCAUCAAGGCUCUGGGAUCUUUCAGAAGCAAUGCUUAAUUAAUUAAGCCUUUUAAUUUCAUCCAUGGUUUUCAAAUGGAGAUGGUGUUUCUAAAGGAAUAACAAAAUAGAGGAGUGCAAGUCUCUCAUGGUCUCAAAAGGAGAAAUUUGAAGGGCUGUGGAACUGUAGAUAAUCACGGCUUUGGGCAAAGAGUGCUAUUUUGUAUCCCUCUCUUCUUUGUUAUCUUUGCUUUGCAUGUUUGUGCUAUUUUCAUUUCUUCUGUGUAUUCUUAUCUUUUAUUUUAUUUACUACUUUCUCUUGUCACCUUUUCAAGUGGUUGUGUAUUUAUAUUGAUGCCAGAGAAAGCUAAUGAAAUACGAGCUGUACCUUGUAAUGCUUA